UUUAGAUUUAGUCUGGAUCAGAUCCAGGUGCAGGAAAAUCGGUCUCUGGAUUUUUCUCUCUAGUCACGGAACAGUUCCGCACAAGAAGCUGAUUUGGUACUUGUUUAGUUUAUCGUCAUCAUGCCAAACCCAAAAUGUUUCUUCGAUAUGAGUGCUGGUGGUAAACCAAUUGGUAGAAUUGAGUUUGUGGUCUUCGCUGAUGUUGUCCCCAGAACUGCAGAGAACUUCCGUGCUCUGUGUACCGGUGAGAAGGGAUUUGGCUACAAGGGCUCGUCAUUCCACCGAGUGAUAAAAAAUUUCAUGUGCCAGGGGGGCGACUUCACAAACCACAACGGGACUGGAGGAAAGAGCAUCUACGGAGCCAAGUUUCAAGACGAGAACUUCACUCUGAAACACACCAAACCUGGACAACUUUCGAUGGCCAAUGCUGGGAAAGACACCAACGGCUCACAGUUCUUCAUUACAACUGUAAAGACGGCCCACUUGGACAACAAGCACGUUGUCUUUGGCGAAGUUGUCUCUGGAAUGGACAUCGUCAAAGAGAUUGAGGGAUAUGGCUCUAGCUCUGGGACCACCUCAAAGAAGAUCGUAAUCGACAAUUGUGGCCAGUGUUAGGAUGCUCCGCUUCGCACCCGAGAAUUAGCGGUCGUUGUUUUGAAUAGCAAGAUCGUAUCAAUAAAUUCGUAGCAUGAAGUAGUGAAAUGAAAAUCCCUGGUAGUAUCAUGUGGAAGUUGUUCUUAAAUCUUAGUGUUUUUGUUUUUUUGUGUGGUUAAACCGUCAUAGUUAAUUGAUCUGUCCCCAAAACAGGAAGAGUAUUAACAAAAAUAAAAAUUAGUCUGUCUCAAAGAAAUUUUAUUUUUUUUAGGUUUAGUUGCUCUUAGGAGCAACCCUAAAUUAAGUUAUAGAAUUAACGAAUAUGAUUUCUAUUAGCUGUCUUCGUUUAAUAUUUUCAAAUUUAUCGUGGAAGUUAACUUGACACUGAAAACAUUUUGACUGAUUUCUUUGUUGAUAAACAAAGGUAAGCUAGAUAAGCGACCUAUCUGCUAGUCUGCUAAUGAAAAGACCAGAGCAUUAUGUUUCAACAAAUAUAGUUAUGGGUCAAAUUCUUAUUCCCCCCACAUGAAAACAAGGACACACAAUCUGCAUCCCUGUACAUGUAGAGUUUUCUGUGCAAUGGUUCUAGCACUUCUUGAAGAAGUGGCCGGAAGAAUUUAAUAGUUGCCCUCUGUUAAAGGUUUAACAAAGGAUUUAAUAUCAAGUUUUUUUUAUAUGCAAGUAGAGUUGUUAACAAUCUCUGAAUGUAAUUCAACUUAAUCUAAAUCGUGUCGCCCCAAAUUAGGAUCAUUUCAUAAAUGAUUCGUUAUACUGUCUUUAUACAAGUUAAGCACCUAUUUUCGUUUCCAUGCAAAACUUUUGUAUUGGUUUGUUUUUAUACAUGUAUUGUGAAACGGCUUAAAUAUCGGAACAGACUGUGCAAGUCUUUUAGUGCAGUGGACAUUGGCUUCCCACGUAAAUAACUUUUUUUUAAACUGUGAUUUCACAGGAUUUUGUUCAAAAUCUUGGUGAACAGUCGGUUAAUUGCAACAUCUAAAAAAAGUUUUUGUAGAAUAACCACAAAAUUACCAUUUGGUUUUCAGGAAUGUUCACAUUCUUCAAACCAAAUCAAGGAGGAGCUGUCAACUCUCCCUGAUUAUGCAGAAAGUUCCCUGGAAAUAAACCAAUCUUUCCACGUCUCUCUGAUGAACAAAUUCCUUGAAGAUUCUUCCUGAAAACCUGGAUAUUAUGUUAGAUAGAGUUCUAAAUAUCUCUCCAAUUGUUGUACAAAAUCUUACCGAUUGAAAGAUGCAGUUUAAAAAGUUUGGUUGAUAUAACCUAAAGACAUGCACAGUCUAUUAUCACCAGUAUCUGUUCGCCUUGUCCCACCCUUGUUUGAAUGACCAUUGUAGUUAUGCAUAUUGGGCUUCAUCCAUACAGGAAAACUGUUGCAUACCCAAGUGUAGCUUACACCUAAGUGUAGAUUUUACCCAAGUAACUACACCUGUGUGCUAUGCUACUCAUGAUUCUACACUUGAGCUGUGGACCUAUUUUUACUUGGGCCUUUCCCAACUUGGGUUCAUACUCUAAUACUUUUGCAUAAAAAUAGGUUGUUGGAGCACAGUGUUGGUAUGGGUUUUGGGCAGUGGAACAAUUUGUGUUGGAUAUAUACAUGUGAUGCGAAGAAAUAAAUCAAACCAUGAAGUUUGUAAAGAUGAA